AUGUUUCCACACGUAUCCCAAUCGAAUCCAAAACAUACCAACUGGCCCACACAACGACAACAGCAACAACACCCUCCUCAUGCGCAUAACUACCAGCAACAGCGAUGUCUAUGUCCCUCAUUGCCCUCUGAUCCACGCAUGAUGCACCCUGCAUUCACCACCGGAUUCCAAUGGCAACCAAGUGCACCAACACAACAGCAGCAACCUGUCGCCUUUGAUGCUUCCAAGUAUAACCCAGUGUUUUACGGCUAUCAAUCCCCUCCUGUAUCCAGCAAAAGUCGAUUGUAA